CAUUAACUUUUAAAACCACAUCCGCACUUCCCUACAAACAAAUAAAUCUAUUAAUAAUAUUUAAAAUUUAGUUUUAUCUCAUUCAACACAGAAAAGCUGCAACAAAAAAGCAUUUAACAAUGAAGGUUGUAACGUGUAUCGCACCGGUAAAUAUAGCUGUAAUUAAAUAUUGGGGUAAAAGAAAUGAGGAACUUAUUUUACCAAUUAAUGAUUCAAUAAGCACUACAUUAGAUACAGAGCAGAUGUGUGCUAAAACGACGAUAAUGGCAAAUCCAAAUUUUCAAGAGAAUAAAUUUUGGUUGAAUGGAAAAGAGGAGAAUUGUGAUAACAUCAGAAUGCAAAGUUGUUUGAAAGAAAUUAGAAAAAAAGCGAACAAAAACUUGAAAUGGUUCGAUUGGAAAAUUCAUAUUUGUUCAGAAAAUAAUUUUCCCACAGCUGCAGGUCUUGCUUCAUCAGCAGCGGGAUACGCUUGUUUAGUUUUUACUUUAGCUAAAUUAUAUGAAAUUGAUGGGGAAAUUUCCGAUGUCGCUAGAAGAGGAUCUGGAAGUGCUUGUAGAAGCAUUUAUGGGGGCUGGGUUCGAUGGCAUAUGGGCGAAAACGAAUUCGGUUUUGAUUCAAUAGCGAAACAAAUCGUUCCAAAAACUCAUUGGCCUGAAAUACGCGUUAUCAUAUUAGUUGUUAAUGAUUCUAGAAAAAAAUAUAGUUCAACCUCUGGAAUGAAAACAAGUGUAAAAACGUCUUCUUUGCUUCAGUAUAGAGCAGAAAGUAUUGUUCCUAAACGUAUCAAUGAAAUGAUUGAUGCAAUUAAAAGUAAAAAUUUUGAAAAAUUCGCUGAAAUUACAAUGAAAGAUUCCAAUCAGUUUCAUGCAACUUGUUUAGAUACUUACCCGCCUUGUGUUUACAUGAACGAUAUUUCCCAUAGUAUUUGUAGUCUGGUGCAUUCUUAUAAUGAAAUUAAAAAAUCGAUUGAGGUGGGUUAUACAUUCGAUGCGGGGCCAAAUGCUUGCUUAUAUACAUUAGAAAAAAAUAUUUCUGAAGUGAUAUCCUUAAUUAAUUACGUGUAUCCAUCAAGUACACCUAAAGAAGAGUAUUUUAGAGGAAUUCCGUUUGAAGAUUUAUCUCAAAAUAUUUCUGAAGAUUUACAAGGUAAAGUAAUAAAUCAACGGAUGGAGAUGGAUCAAUUAAAGUAUAUUAUUCAAACUAAAGUUGGCAGUGGGCCUAAAAAACUUGAAGAUGAAUCUGAACAUCUUUUAAAUGAAAUGGGAAAUCCAAAAGUUUUAAUUAAAUCAAUUAUUUAAGAAAGUAGGGUUAAAUUAUAUCCAAAAAAGAUGUGGUGGUAGACAUAUUGGAGAUAAGUUUCAUUUUUAUACAAAAAGCUAACAUGAAAUGUAGUAGGUAUUUAUAAAAAUAAUAAAAGACGCAUUUAAUCUUUGGUAAA